UGCCGCUGGGAAGAGCAGACAAGGGCCCCACUGUGCUGGGGCUGCUCCGUGGCAGGGGCGGCUGCUGCUGUUCCCUGGGCCGGCCCCUGGCUCCGCAUCUCUGCUCCAGCCCUCAGGUUCACGGCUCCUGCCCGGGCCAAAAGCAGAGUGGGAGGGAGACAUUUCACAGAGGCUUCUUGAAGCUGCCCUGUCCUGGCAUCCAGCCCCUUUCUCUGAGCUGGGCACCACCCGGCCUGGCUGCGCGGCUGGCUCUGGGCUGGAGCGUGGCAGCAGGGGCCCCAGCCUCCUUGAAGCCGACAGCACCUGGGGUUCAUUCAGCACCCCUGAGUCCGGGGGGGUUUGAGCCCUCCGCCAUUCCCCAGCUGGUCCCUGGUAUGGGGGGCAUCUCCCAGGGAAAAAAGGCCAAGGCCGGGGACGAGAACCGGAGCCGGACACCAGUACCCCCCUGCUCCACCCCCAGGCCGGGCAGUCGCUUCGAGCUCCACCAUGGCCCUGGCCUGGGUCUUGCUGCUCGGUGCCCUGCUGGGGGCUGCCCAUGGCGGCUGGCACAUGGACAAGCUGGCGGAGCGCAAGCUCUGCGCGGACACCGACUGCAGCCACCCCAUCUCCAUUGCGGUGGCCGUGCAGGACUACGUGGCCCCCGACUGCCGCUUCCUCCACGUCCAGCGGGGCCAAAUCCUCUACGUCUUCUCCAAGCUCAAGGGCCGCGGGCGUCUCUUCUGGGGUGGCAGUGUGCAGGGCGACUACUACGGGGAGCAGCCGGCCCGCCUGGGCUACUUCCCCAGCAGUGUGGUGCAGGAGAGCCACUAUCUGAAGCCCGGCAAGGUGGACGUCAAGACGGACCGCUGGGAUUUCUACUGCCCCUGAUGCCCGCGGCUGCCUCUGUCCCCAGCAUCAGCUCCCCGACCAGAGUCGCUGCCACUGUCCCCAGCAGCCGCAGCACCCCUCGCUGUCCCUCGCCCCCACUCUGCAGCAGGUCCCCAAUAAACCCCUCUGUGCCGCAA